CGAUUUUCUCUGUUGCAGAAACCCAGAGAGACAUGGCUUCCAUCUGCAGGUCCGCUGUAAUGGCGGGCGCAAGGUCGCUAGCACCACGGUCAAGAACCCUAACUCAGAAUUCCCUCUUCUCGUCGUCUGCCUUCUCUUCACCCUCUGCGACGCGGGUAGUCCGAAGCGCUUCAAGGGUUGUUUCAACUUUAGGAAGCGUCGAAUCGUUGAUACCGUUUCACAGCGCGACGGCCAAUGCGCGGCUUAUAUCCAGCAUUGCAGCUGAUUCCUCUUGCUGGAGCUGGCUUUCUCAAGGUGAUUACUUAUCUUUCAAGCUAUCCUUUAUCACUCUACUUUUAGUACCUUUUCCUUUCUUUCGUGUCUAG